AAUAAUUGAUAGCACAUUUUUUUCGAUUUUGCAGUUCAUCUCAAAAUCGUCAAAAAUUGUUAUCUUACUCAUCGUAAUAUAUAGACUAAUUGUAGUUUUAUAAAUAUCAUAUGAAUUUUUCUUUCGAAUUUCGACAAUAAUUUUUGGAAGAGUUCGCUAAAUUUUAAAUUUUCGUCAUUGUUUCGCAGAAAUUGCUAACUGUUUAAGGCAAUACUGAGUGUUUUGGAUAAUACUACCAAACAGAAUUUAAUUUUUUAUAACUAUUCGGAAUUUGAAAAAUUCUGUAAAUUGAAAUUCAAACGGAGCAUGACAAGUAUUACAACUGAAACCGUUAAAUCUUUUUGCCGCGCUUGCCUUAAAGAGUUACCUCCUCGCCAACGUUACACUAUUUAUUGUUUAGAUUACCGGGUUCGCUAUUGGCUUCAGGAUGCGACUUUGAAAAAUGCUUUGGCCACUGAUAUUUACUCUCACUUUAUUUGUCGUGAUUGUCGCGAAAAAGUAGAAGAUUUUCUUGAGUUUCGGGAAAUGUGCGCCCGCUCCCGAAAGCGGGUGAAGGAUUUAGCAGAAAAAGAAGCACAAAAAGCUCUUAAGACUCUCAGAUCGGAAUAUCAUGUUUCAGAUCCAGCACUCCAGACAAAAAUUUUGGAUGAAAUUUACGGAUCAGUAAGUUGGACAGAUAUGAGUGAAGACGACUUUAAUAACAAUGAAACCGUGGAUUCCGAGGAUUUAAAAGAUUGCGAAAAGAAAAGUUGGCUACCUCCAUCGCAGAUAUCGAGUCCUUAUAAACUUCGAGAUUCAUUUGGAUAUUUUCCAGAUAUUGAAAACCAGAGUGAUCAUGAUCAUAACGAAACUGAAAUUAGUCAAAAAAAUGUAUCAAAUAUUCUUUAUCGUAAACCUACAAGUAUGUGCAGCGUUUCUAUUUGUUCGGAUGACAGUAAGAGAAAUAACGAAAAACCAAGACUUUUGACCAAAGUAGACACUAUUACAGCUAACACUAUGCAAACUGAAAUAACAAAUAAGAAAUUUCAAUACCAUCGUCGAUGUGAUCAGUGCGAACGCCAUCUGAAUGAAGAAACUCUACAACAGCAUAUACGCGCUCAUCAAGCUGUAAUGUCUCAUUGUCCGAAUUGCGAACGCAAUUUUGAUUAUCCAAAUUGCUACAGACCACAUGUUGAAGAAGUUUAUUGUGACAACAAAUUAAACAUUGUAGGCGAAGACUCCCAAUAUUGUCCGAUAAGUAUUUCAUCACCCAAAUUAAAAAAAAACGGUGUUAGCCAACAGGCAUCAUACAGGAGUCUUCAUUUUUGCGAGGAAUGCGGAAAGGUGUGCGAAAGUCGCCCGCAACUCAAAGACCGCAUUUCUAGUCAUAAACCAAAAAAUCUAUAUCCAUUUCAAUGUAAAGAAUGCAACAGUUGCUUUAAAACGCAAAGGAGUUUAAGAGGACAUGAACAGCGACACGCAAGCAAUAACAUAUUUGAAUGUCCACAUUGUGGAAUGCGAAAGAACACGUACCACGAGCUAAAAGCACAUAUAAACCAUCACACAACAGCGAAGCAACAGCCAUGCCCAAAAUGUAAUAUGGUAUUCAAUAGUGCAGGAGGGUUGACCAUGCACGAUCGCAUUGCACACUUUGGUUUAAGACGCCUCAAUUCUCCGAAAACUAAAGAUUGUACUGUGAUAAAGCAGGCACCAUCAGGUCGUCAAACUGAAAGGCCUUUUAAUUGUCAGCAAUGCGGCAAACGUUUCAUACACGCAACAGCCUUGAAAGCUCACAUGAGAACUCAUAUAAACUGCUCUCUACAGCCUCAUAGAUCAGUUCCUAAUUUAACUGAAGUCUCAGAUGAUAGCGUGUAAUUAAUAUGCCCAAUGUUCUCUUAUGUUUAAAUUUUUGUUU